AUGCACACUCUUACUGACGAGCGGUUAUCGCCUCUCAAGUUUCCGUCAAUUUAAUAAAUCAAUAAGACGAUUUAGGGGGAAGAUGGGACAGUAAAUGAUUUACAUUAAAAUUAAUGAAAAGGUUUUCGAGAUGCGGCAGUUGAUGAGUCGAGCCAAUAUGUGUACAAGCAACAAGACGGUUAGAACAUUACAGAAAAUCACCAAUGAAUAAAGUGAGAGGAAGGAUUUGCAAUUGUUGUAGCAAUGGACCGAUGUAAUAUACAUACGUAAUAAGGACAGUCAAUGGUGUAAUAGAUUCAGCAGCAAAAUUUUUACAGUAUCACCGAGUUUUACGAUAAGAUCGAACUGAUUUACUCUGGAUCCAUAGGGCAGCUUUGUCAACAACUUUCUGUAAAGUGCAAUGAUUAUUCCUAAUUAAUUGAUAAAAUAUGGACGUAAUUCACUGGAAUCGUGAAGGAGAUAAUUGAAAAAUAAUCACGAACCAAUAGAAAAUUGGAGAAGGAAAGCUUAACAAACACGAUAAAAAUACAUGAAAGAUACCAAACUCAGAUGAGUGAGAAAUUGUAAAGAUUAAACGAGGCUGAAAAGUAAUUGAAGAGGAAUGCUGAAUAUGCGGAGAAAAUGAACAAGGAGAAUCGAUACCUAAGAAAGAAGACUUGUAAAUUGUCAACUGAACUUAGUAGUCACAACAACGACAUCGAAUUACUUAAAUUGUAAUUGUAGGAUUUGAGUAAGGAGAAUGAGACUCUCAAAUUAUUUUAGCAAGUUCGACAUUAGAAUGAACACUUCACUGCUGACUUCGAAGAGGAACUCUACAAGGCCAAGAAGGAAAUCUUUGAUGACUUUAAGUUGGUCUUCGAAGAACAGACUAAAAAGUUCGAAGAAGCUUACCUAAACAAAAUACAGGAUCUGGAAAGGGGAUCAGAUGACAAGGCUGAGAAGGAUGAGAACCUAAUUGAGGAGUACGAAGAAAUUCUAUUUAAGGAUAAAUGUGUUGGGAACACUGUUGAGUUCAGUGAGAUCCAGGUAGAUACGAGCGAGUAAUAUAUUCAUUAAUUAAAGCUUGGUUCUCAAAACUGAAAUGUUCACUCAAACUGUCAAUCAAAAGAGAAGAACCUACGAUUGUGCAAAUUAGACCAUGCCUAUUCCCAGCAAUAGUCAAGCUUGUGAAGCCAAUUAUGCUCUAAUCAAAAGAGAAUGCAUACCUAGGAAUCAGGAAGAACAAACCUAUUUGGAGAUGUCAAAGUAUCCAAUCAAGACUUUCACGGAUGAUUACUAUUAAUUGUAUAUUGAACGAGUGGAGAUUGAAAAGAAGACAUUUCCCAGUGUGUUGGAUAGUAUCCUAGAUCAAUUGAAAUCUCGAUCUCUGCAAAUCUUCAGCAUCAUGUAAAUGAAAGAGGAGUUGUUCCAAGAAGACUUUCGUGAAGCCGAUAAGUAUUUCCAGAACUCUUAUUCGGUUUUUCUGUUUUUGGUCAAUGAUUUCUAGGACAUCAUCAAAAAGUUGAAGGAGGAACUGAUUACUCGAAAAAUAUAGAUCUUUGAAACCUAGAUCGAUUGUAAACAAACCAAUAGACAGAAGAUCCAGACACAGAAGAGAUUUGAUCUCUUGGCAUCCAAGUAUCAAUAGCAAGUUAAGAAUUUUAAUUUCAUCUCCAAACAACUUAAAGCUGUCUCUCGAUUUCUACCAUAAUAUUAAUAGGAUUAAAUCAGAAGAAAAGCUAUUCGUCACAAAAUUAACUUUGAAUUCCCCAAAGGUAUUUCGCCGACUCCUAUGCUAAUAAGUACCAAUAACUUAAACCCCCCAAUUCCUCAAAACUUCAAUAAUAGUUCAGCAUCUCUCCUACCUCCUCAAUAAGUUCAACCAACCUUGUCCGUCAAUCCCAAGAAUUCGUUGGGAUACUUCCCUCCCAUGACUCCCCUAGAACCCUUUUAAGACAGCAGUAUCCCAUAGAGAACUUCAAUGGCAGAAUUGAGUUGUGAUUCUCCAGAUGGUCCAGAAGCAUUCUCCCCUUCUAAACCUAUCAUAGCACUCAAUUGUAAGAACACUAAAUUUGAUAUGUAGUCUUCCCGGACAAUAAGUUUGAUGACUCCUAGAGUUCUUCUGAGGAGGAGGUAGAUCUAUCUGAGUGUCUGAAUCCAGUGAAGAACCUAUUGUCAAUAGAGAAGAAGCUAUUCGUGAGUAGAUGUGGCAGCAAGAAUACUUAAUUGGCCACACAGACCUUAUUGCAGGAGAUCCAACAAUUUCGAAGAGACAAAAUAGAGAAUAUUGUCACAUAACAUACGUUGAUAAAGAUCUUGUCCAAUUUCGUGUAGUGGUGUCUGAAAUUCAAUAAGUUCGCUUAUCCAUUGCAUGUGCAAUUGUAUGAGUACUUUUCAAGUGAGAAUCAAUCUCAACCUCAGAAUGUAUGGCUGGGGAAAGUGGCCAGAGUGAUAAAAUCCUUAAUUUAUUAUAAGCGAAGGAGUGACACGGCUAGACUAUUUCAUUCGAUGCUCAUUGGAGAUGUAUUACGAUAUAAUAAAGCUAGUUAAGUUUCCAAAUCUAUUUGCAAAUCUUGAGCAAUCUACAGAGUGCCACCUUCACAGACACUGGCAUUCAAGUGCUCCAAGCCCAACUAGCUGAUUACAUCAAGGGGAUGCAGAAGUAGCAGCAAUAUGUGGACUACGAUGUGGAAAUCUCGCAUCAUUUAGGACCUAUGCAAGAUAUCAAGAUUCAGGAGUUGCUAUUGAAAUAUUCGACAAUACUGUAGAUUUUUGCGGAAGAUGGAGAACGACUGACUCAGAAUCAAUUCAGAUUGCUCUUGCUGGAGUUGGAGAACAAGAGGGAAGAACAGCAGAUCGUCAAUAUGUUCAACAAUGAAUGCGAUAUAGAAUAAUAAUAAGUUCAGUACAUUUCGUUUUAGAGAUUUGCGAUAAUUUGUGAGGAAUUGCAAUUGCUUCAAGGGUUGGAUGAAUACUUGACUCGAAAUGAUGUUUAGUAUUUUAAAGACAUGGACCUGUGGAGAGUGAGAGAGGUGGAAUUAAAGUUGAUGUUAAUUCGGAGUCAUAAUUAUGAUGCAUCGGAAAGGGAUCUGUUUAUGAGGAUGUACAAAUUGCAUCAGCCACAAUAGCGAAUCAUCUUGGGACGCUACUUGGAGAGACGGGCUAAGGAAUUGUUGUUACAACGAUAUACUUUUGAGUGUUUGGCACCGUUUAUGUAACUUUUCGAAUAAUUAUGAUAAUAUUUAUUUUGAUAUUCAUAA